GAGAGGGCAGUGCUCCAUGCAGAGGACGGAGGGAGGGGGAGGUCCCCCAUGCAGAGGAUGGAGGGAGAGGGCAAUGCUCCAUAGAGACAGCGUAGGGAUCUGCACAGAAAGAGCAGGCCUUACAGAUUCCUAGGCUGUGGAGUGGGCAAGGACAUGAGAGAAUCUUAAAUCCCAUGCUAAAAGCACACCCUUAGUUCUGUUGACGGGCAGAGAAUCAGAGAUCUGAGAGCUUUUUGACGGGCAGUAAUUGAAUCGGAACUGGACUUUGGGAUGGUUGCACUUCAGCAGUGUGGAAGAUGCAUGAGUCUGACAGAGGGACCAGUUCGGAGGGUACAGCAGUAGUCCAGCUGGGCUACAGUACAGCUCUGAAGAGGGAAAGGAGAUGAAGCUGAACUUGGUUAGGAUGUCAGCGAUGACAGUUUUGCUGUUCUCGGAAAGCCACACAAAUGUCUGGUGGGCUUUCAGUGGAGGCCUGAUUGCCUAACUGCGUUAACUCAGCUAUACAGAAACUUCAUAUGCUGGCUUUCCCCUCUCCUCUAAGAAAGUCGUAAUUCUUAGGGCACCAUGUAGGACACGUCCUCCAGCCUUUGGUGUAGGAAUUUGAAGCCAUGCUGCUACCCUAGUCUGUAAGAACAGGCGGAUACCCGAUCCAUGCCUGUAGAAAGGCCAAGGAGACAUCCUGCCUGCUUCUCUUUUGAGCAGUAAGAUGCUAGCUGGAAGCCAUAGUAAUACUGUUUCUCCUUUGCCGGUGUGCAUAAGAGCAGGGGCUUCCCAGAACAGGAACAAGCAGGAUUUGGAUUCCAAGGGUGGCAGAGACCAGGCUUGGCGAUGUGAAGGAAACAGCAGCAGUGGUGAAGCCGUUGUGAAAGAUGACAGUUUUACGAGGUAACUGGAAUUCAGUGUGCCUUCCAAGAUGACCAGGUUUCAGGCUUAGUUUACAAAUGCUUCUUAAUAUCCUAAACACCUAAAGUAGUGGAGCUCAAAGCAAGACCUGUCAUUCUCCAGAACCUUCUCGAUGGGCUCAGCUGGGUUCCCAGGACGGGGCAGCUACUCCUGAAAUGCAGACGAGGAACAUGUCCACACUGAUCCUCAUGUGGAGCUAGGAAUGAAUUCGAUCCCACUCCUAGCUCUGUGUGGUCUGUUGUCACGGGGACCAUGUGGACACGUCCUUGGAGUUGGAACAACAAUGGUGUAGAGAGAAGUGCUUCUAUUGAUUGUGUCUUUCUCCGUAACCACCAGACUUUACUGCCCCAGUGGUCCUUUUAAAUACUGUUCCCGGAGAAGUUGCCCUGAGCUACAAUGCAUGUAGAAGAUAACUAAUUUGGAUGAGGAAGGGUAUAUUGGGUACUUCCAGGCUCUAGGAUUCAGGAGGAUUUCCAUGGCCUUUACCUCGGAAUGUCAGAGGCUGUUCCUGCUCAUGAGCAAAGAGGUGUGACUGAAUACCAUACAUAAUAAAGCGAGUUCCGAGUUUGUGGAUCGCUAAUUAACAUGCUUGAGUUGCUCCAACCUUACUGGAGCCAUAAUUCAAAGCCGACCUGGCAUUAGUAUACAACGGCAUCAUGUUUCAAGUUCUGUCAGAGCUGAGUUUUGUACUUCAUCACUUUUUAACUGUUUCAAUGGCAUUCGUGUUAAUAGGAUCUCGGCUCUAACAUCAACAGGCAGAUGGUUGGGCCGGCUCAUGGCUACUUGAGUUUUCAUGGCUAAUUGGGCACACAUGUGCUAAAUUUGCCCCUCUACUUGGAAGUGAGGGAGUUUUACUAAACAUGAACAGGUUUUUCUUUUUUCUAUACCAGGCAGCUUAAUUUCAUCUGCUUAAGUAGUCUUAAAAACACGAACCGUUUUUCAGCAUCCUAUCUUAAUGUGUUAACAGUUUUGGUGUUAAAGAACAGAUUUCUUUCAGUGGCUUAAAUGAGAAUUCACACAAAUCAUAACCUUUUAAUUAAAGGCAAUAUGUUUUCAUGCCAGAUAUUCCGAAGAAUUUCCAGUGAACCAAGAAAGAACACAUUUCUGGGCUGGAAGUAUGCAUCCGGGACCCUUCAGCAGCCUGGCAGGAGGGUCUGACGGAGGAUUCGAGACAGGAAAAAGAUUAAUAAAAACAAUGUCAGGGCAGUUUCCAGCAUAAAUGGUGUGGGUAGUAACAUACUUUUCUGUAUCAUAGGAUGGUUUUAUGAAGCCUUCAGGUUGCCAAAUAUUUCUAACCCAAACAUGUACAUCUGACUUCCACUGGCUCUGGAGUUGCAAAGACAUCCCAGGAAAGCUGGAUAUUUUGUACCUAAAACUGGCCCAAGUUAUUAUGUUUCAAAACAAUUACAAGGCGUCUGACCAGCAGCCGGGAAAACAGGAGACUUAGAUGUUUGGAACUGGAAGGAUCCUUGAAAAUUCUUGCUGUCCAGUCAUUAUGGAAGCAGUGGUGGGGAAAUCGAAGAUUCCUUGGUUGAACCCAAAGGAUUCAGUCACCAAGCAUGUGAUCUCUCCGUUUCUGUUUGUCGGUUGUUCUAACGGUGACUGUGUGGCCCUAAUGAGUGCAUAUAGAUGGAUCUCUUUUCAUUAUUUGCGCCCUUUCAUCUUUCCAUUUUUAACAGUUACAAAACCACUAAAGCAUUGCACAAAUUUAAGUGUGUUUGUGUGUGUGUGUGCACAUGCGCCCAUGCGAGUGUGGAGGUCAGAGGUCAACUUGAGGUGAUUUCUUUAAUUGACUCCACCACCAAAUCUGCAGCUCAGCUAUUCAUCUGGGGCAGCUUGUCCAAAGGCUCUGGGGAUCCACCUGCCUCGGCCCCUCAGUGCUGGGGCCCAGUGUUCGAUACCACAGCCAGCUUCCAUUUGAGUGCUGUGUGACCCAACUCACGUCCUCCUUGGGCAGCAAGCAGUUUACGAAUUGACUUUCUAUGGAUCUGAAUAAUAAUGUGGGGAUAAAGACCAACCUUCCUAAUGCUGUGACCUUUUAAUACAGUUCCUCAUGUUGUGGUGACCCCAACCAUAAAAUUAUUUUCACUGUUACUUCAUAACUUUACGCUACUGUUAUGAAUCAUAAUGCAAAGAUCCAUUUUCCGAUGGUCUUAGGUGACCCCUGUGAAAGGGUCAUUUGACCCCCAAAAGGGUUGGGACCCAUAGGUUGAGAACCACUGCCUUCCAGCCUUGCUUCAGUGACUAGUUAGUACUUUCUCUGGGUGAGGAAAUGUUCCCUGGGACAAAUGGACUGACUGACUAAAUGAAUGGUCCUCUUUGCUCUACCUUUCCUUCCUCCUCUGGAGAAUUGUGCCCAAAAUAAAACUAAACAUGUGGCUUGUGAUUGUUUAAGAGUUUUAACCAGGUGCAGCGUGCUGGGACCCAUCCAAGUCUGAGCUGUGCACAUGAACACAGCCUAUUCUGAUAAGGGUCCCAGCUUUGCAUGCAUACAGGAUGUCUGGUGGGAUUUUCCUGUGACAAUUGGAUCGGCUACCCCAGAUGUAAACACAUCUCAAAGCCAGAGACUCACCCCUCUUCCCUUCUUUGCUUCCCACCACUCCAGAGUCUCUUUCUGCCCCCUUUCUGGUGAAGGGUACCCUGGGAAGCCAAGAGGUGGAGUCUUCCUGUGCACAGAGGGGGAGAAAUUACUAAAUUCUUCCUUUCAUUCAAGAAAGGAAUUCUGAAGCAGCAGUCACUAUGAUUCCUUGGGCACGGAGGCUUCUUCCUAGAAACGCCGCUGGUUCCUUAUCUACAUCAUCAGCCAGUCAGCAAGCCGAGGAUCACCACCGGCAGCUGGAGGCCUAUCGGUACUUCCUGCCCAUCCAGACCCGGUGGCAGGACAACGACCAGUAUGGCCACGUGAACAAUGCCGUGUACUACAGCUACUUCGACACUAUUAUCAACCACUACCUGCUGAGGUACUGUGGCCUGGAAACCAGCUUGCUGAUAUCCCCCCUGGUGGGCUUCAUGGUGACCAAUCAGUGCAAAUACCAUACACCCAUCGGCUUCCCUCAGGUCCCACUGGCUGCCCUGGCUGUGGAGAAAGUGGGUCGCUCCAGUGUAUGUUACCGACUGGCUCUGUUUCCUCCUAAACCCACCAUGGAGCUGCCUUCAGUAAAUCACCAUGAUCUCAUUGAUGGUUUUUUCUUUGGCCACCCUAAACUAGCACAGUUUGACACUCUGGCCUGUACCACGGGGUCUUCAGUCCACGUCUUUGUGAACCCAGCCACUAGCAAACCAGAGAGCCUUCCAGAAGACUUCAGGAACAGUCUGCAGAAGCUGAUGAGUGCAGCAUAGUGUGGAUUGUCUAACACUGCGCAUGGAGACCCCCAUGUCAUAAAGUGAGGUUUAUUGGUGGUUCUCUGUGCAUUUCCUUGUAAACUCCCUAGUAUGUGUUUUUGCCUUUAAAAUGGCUGUCAAUGCCUUAAAGGUUUGUAUAACAGUUAUUGAACCUCGUAGUGGAAUUCUCUUUUUGGAAUAGCCCUGUAGCCAAACACUUUACACAAUUUAACACACAUAACAGCUCACAACUGUGCAGCGAGGGAGGCGCCAUUCUAACCCUUUUACAAGAAAGGCACAGUGAGGUUUGCAGACAGAAGUCAUUCGCUUCUGUGAAGCUACCAUACUCCAAACUCCCACUCUUAACCUCAGCACUGAUAUCCUCUCGGUUAUGCAGCCCCAGCCCUGAGCAAACCUAGGGCAUGAAGAUGGCCAUUUCUACAUAAUGGCCAUGCACUGCCUGCAGGCCUGCUGUUCUGCUAGCUUCUCCACAUCCAAUGAUAUUAGUUACUUCUUUGCCAAUAUCCUAUCAGCUAGGUUAUCUAUUUCCCAUGGUCUGGGUUCAUUAAUUGAAUUUGACUCAUUAUAUAUCUUUAGCUUCUUCCAGUAAGUAGAUACUUAAUUUUUAUUUUUAUUUUUUAUCUGUCAGUAUGAACUAUAGUACUAGAAAGGUCACCUUUCUUUUUCCUAUAUUUAAAACAACACAAUGUCAAACCUUGGAUGCUUCUCUGCCACAUCCUUAGCCUGUAUCCAUCACAUAUGUCACGGGUGGAAGUCAACAAGUAACUGAAUAAAAUUAAUCUCUGAUGCUACAUGAGGACAGUGCAUGCUGAGGUGUGACAGCAAUAAAGGCAGCCUGUGUGCACUGAUUGCUGACCAUCCCUAAUGCAGGGAAGCCACUCAAGAGCUGAUGCUAUAUUAUCAUUAUCACCGUUUUCCAGAUGAGGAUGGUGGUGGGGAACAGAGAGAAGGGUUCUAAUGUUAGAACUGCCUGUGCUCAACACAACAGAAAAAACUUGAGGUUUAGUCUCUGGGCCUGUGUCCACAUCUGGAAAAGAAGGUCUCUAAUGACCUUUCCCAGCCGUACUCAGAAGCGAAUGCUUUUCAAGCAAACAGAGACUCUUUUCAGCUCUAGCUCUGGAAUAUGCUUGCUGUGCACAAUAUACACAAAGGCCCCAGGCUACCCAUUGUCACCAAGGCUCUUUUGCCUAGAUAAACAUUAAGGUUUUAAAACACUUCUGCAGUAAUCCUCAAACUUGGGAAACUAUUUUCCAGCAAACUGGGGUGUGCAGGCAUUGACCUGCCCAGCUUCUGGUUCUGGACCUGUGCUCAUGUGGGUCCUUGGAGGCCUUGCUUCAUUCCCAGAGGUUCUCGCCCUCACAUGGUCUCUUCAUGCUGUCCAGCCACUCUGAGAAGUCAGUAUUCUUAUUCCACUGUAUAACCGGGAAAGACGGAGGAGAAAGAUAACUUACAGAGACCAUAGAACCUUUGGGCCCGUCUUUUCUUUCCCUUUAAAUGUAUGUGUGUAAUGUGUAUGCAUGGGAGAGGUCUGUAUGUCCUGGUGUGGGUUUGCAUUUAACUAAGGAAUGUCGCCCCCUCCUUUAGGUGGGGGCUCUCAUUAGACUUAAGGUCGCUCAUUAGACUGUGUGGCCAGUGAGCCUUGAGGACCCACCUGGCUCAUAUAUUUGAAAGCUUAGUCACCUGGAAGUGGAACUGUUUGAGACAGGAGAUGUGCCACUGGGAAUGAGCUCUGAGGUUUAAAACACCCACACCAGGCCCAGUGUCUCUCUCUGCCUGCUGCCUGGGGAUCCGGAUGUAAAGCACUCAGUUAAUUCUCCAGCACCAUGCUUGCCUACCUGCUGCCAUGCUUCCGUCACGACAAUCAUGGACGAAUCCUCUGCUCUCUUAGUCAUUCUGUUGCAUUAACGCUGACAUAAGACCCUCUCAGUGAAGGACACUAUAGUCACCACACUGUUUAAAACCUGGAGGCAGAGCAGGGUAGGACAUAGAAAGUUGGGACCACUGUGAAGAAAACAGAGUUGGUCUGACAGAAAGAUGGGUCCAGGGCUGGGGAGUUAACUGUAAGCAAGCCCCCAUCUAAGUGUUUUCUUCUAUAAGUGGCCUUGGUGAUAGUGUCUUUUCAUAGCAAUAGAACAGUAACUAAGACACCCCCCCUUCCUUCACCUAACAGUUUUUAAAGGAUUUGACUCAGGCCCUUGUGCUUAUGAGGCACCUCACUGACUGAGCCGUCUCCCCAGCCCUGGACUCAUCUUUCUGUCAGACCAACUCAUCACAGUGGUCCUGAGUUUCUAUACUGUGCCAUGCUCUGCCACCUGGUUUUUAACAGUGUGGUGACGAUAGUGUCCUUCACUGAGAGGGUCUUAAGUCAGAGUUAAUGCAACAGAAUGACCAAGAGAACACUUUACCCUUAGCAAGACCUGGAUUUGUAGCCUGAAUCUUUCUCCUAUGCAGGAAAACAGCACGUCUUGGGUAACCCAGGACAGCCCUGAUUGUCCUGGUGUUGUGAUGGACGCUCCCCUGACACUAUGGACCCUAAAGUGGAAACAAAAAUGAAAAAGCAGGCUAUGGGUCACCCCAAUGGUUUCUUCUUAUCAGUGGGCACUGUGAGGGUUCUGUAUCUUUGUUCUUACUUUUCUCACAAUAUACAUUAAUCUGAUCCAUUUAUAAAGAAUUCUCACAGUCUGGAGGCUGAGAAGUCCAAGAUGGAGGCAGUAGCUGUUAUGGUAGUUAUUAAGAGUUGUCUUCUGUUUCCAUGGUGUCUUGUGAGUCCUUCCAGGCUCGGAGAGUUGAUGGGCAAAGCGGGCUGGUUGGUUCUCUUUUUGUCUUGUACAUGUGGAUAUGGAUUCUUUGACUUAAUCAUCCCCUAAAGAGUGAGCUGUCAACCCUAUCGUAUGGAUCUCAGUUUCAGUAUGUGAAUUUUAGGGGACUCACAAACCCUAGCACUGGAGGACACCCAUUGGCUAACUGGAAACUAGAGGUGCAGACACCUGCUAUUCUGGCCACCUUUUGGAAGAUAUACUUUGGAAGUGCACUGAGGUCAUUGGGUCAUGAUGCUGGGUCCUAUGGAGACUUGGAAUGUGGCGGCACUGACUCUGGGUCAGCAAAACCCCUUUGGCCCACGGACCCCUCCAUUGUAUGGAGAAGCCCAGCCAGAGCAAGGUUGGGGUAGGUCUGUCUAAACCCAGAGAGCAUAGAAAAAGUGGCUCAGGGUUUGGGGAGAUACUGGCAACAAGGGUCUCAAUCUGGGCUCAGACAUAGCCACCUUUUUAAUGAGCUCUAUGACCCGAGUCACUGCUUCCCUUUGUAAAUUCCUGAUUUGAAAUGGGGACAAGAGUGCCAUGCUGAACACAGUCCCUGCUCAUCAAGGUUUUGGUGGCAGGAUUGCCCUUCCCUGGUCCCUGGAAGUCAGCCACCAGCAUUUCCCCCAGAACAACUAAAAUGCUGUGUGGGCCCACGACAUACCUUAAGGUAGAAAAACACACAACUGUUACGUUCCUCUUCUGUGCAUCUGUAGUGAAUCCCACAUCAUUUUCUAUUUUGUGUGAGAAAAAUUACAACGGCGAGUAAGGAGCAAGGGAUGAUGGGAUGCAUGUGGCCUGGAUUGUCCCCUGGAACUCACCAGAACUGAGAGUCAGAAUAGUUUCUAGGGAAAUAGCCUCCAGGUUAGGUAAACGCCAGGAGCUGAAGUAUGCUGACACACUCUUUCCAGCAGAAGCCAGAGCCAAGGAUCACACCACUCACUGGCUUUUAGUGGGCAAUUCUAGCACCAUAAACUCAGUUUAAGAGUGCAGAGACAGCCAAGUCUCAACUGCAUGUUCUCAGAGGAAGCUAGGAUGUUACGAUGAAGGUGACUAAGUAAACCCAGACGCUUUAAAAAGAAGUCAGUCGCUGGCUGCGCACUACUUCACAAGAUGUGGUAGCUUAGCAGCUUGUAGCUCUUGUUACUGGGCACUUCUGAGCAGGCGUGAGUCCUGUGCUUGCUAACAAGGGAGCAACUGUAAUAAUCCGAGCAGGUAAAGGGAAUCCUCCGACAGUGCAGCCUUUCUGAGCGCCUUUUGUCACACUCGAAUUCAUCUGAAAACGUACAGUAAGAGACGGUACAAAAUGUGCGUUCAUAUUCUGCUUGGACAGAAUGUGGCUCCUAGCAAUUAAUGCUUUCAGUCACAUUAAGCAUUAAAUAAUGCCUUGUGACAUUACAGUAUUGCCCAUUACAAAUCAAUUUUGUAGUGUUUGUUCAUAAUAAGACUUGAAAUGUUACCUAGAAACAAAAUAUGUUUUCCUUGAAACAGUCAGACCUUAUUAGAAAUCCAGGGUUUUACAAAUCACCAUGUUAACAGUUAUGUCCCCCUGGUGAAGGUUUUCUUUCUUUAAAUAGUGUUAAACUCAGCCUCAGACACUCAAGUCUCUGAGUAUUAGUCUUUGUAUGUGCACUGGCUUGAAAGAAAAAACUUAAUGCUCCAAAUGCACUCCGUGUUCUACUAGGUGUAAUCUAAUAAUAUCCACCGGGAUUCCUUUUGCAGGGAAAAAUAAUGAGUACCUUGCAAAACUGUUAUGACUACGUAUUGGGCUACACAAUGUUACUUUGUCAUUUUGUGGAAGUUGGGGUUUCCAAUCCUUUAAAAGGAAAAGAGGCCAUCAGUCCUUGGGCAUAAUGAUUCACAGCGCGUGGGGAGACUGAGGUAGGCAGCUCACAAAUUGAACUCAAGGUCAUUCUAGGAAGCAGAGUGAGACACAGUUUUAAAGAGAAGAGAGGAGAAGGCCCAGUUCCCAGUGGGCAGUAGCAUCCCUGGGCUGUGGUCUGGGUACCAUAAGAGCAGGCUGAGCAAGCCGUGAGGAGCAAGACUGUAGACAGCACUCUUCCUCUGUGUCGGCUCCCGCCUCCCAGUUCCUACUGAGUUCCUGUCCUGACUUCCUCAGUGAGAGGCUGUGAUCUGAAUGUGUAAAAUGAAAUAAACCCUCUCCCCUCCAAACUGCUUUGGUUAUAGUGUUUUUAUCACAGAGAUAGAAGCCCUAAGACAGAAGGGAAGGGAAGAAAGAGAGAGGGAGGGAACAAGAGAGAGAAGGGAAGGAAAGGUUAGGAAGAGAGACAACAGGAACCUGUUUCCAGCUUAGAGGACUUAAGACAUUUCCAUGCAAUCAGUAUCAACGAGGAGCAAAGAUACAGAGAGAACACACAAGACCUGGAGACUUAUCUUACUCCAACUCAAUACUAAAUCACUGAGGCUUUGGGUACCUAGAUUUGAAUCUGGGCCCUGAUGAUGUCUGGUCCAGGACUCUGCUAUUCCAGGUCCUCAGAAGCAGAUGAGACAAGCCCUUGUCCUCAAUGUGCUUCAUGUUUUAAGCUUGGAGGUUGGGUCUGGCUGUGCUAACUCUGUAAUAUCAAAUGUAAAUAGGGUACCCCUACUCCCCAAAGGCAUACGCACCUCUCAGCUCUUAGCCUGUGUACAUAACCUUAUUUGGAAGACUCAAGACGACCCAAAAGGAAGUGUCCUUAUAUCACUGAGAGAGAUGUCCAGAAAGAGAGGAAGUCCUUUUGAAGACAGAGACUGUGAUACAACAGAGCUACAAGCUCCAGAGUCACCGAAGCUGGAAGAAAUGGAGUCUGUCCAGGCAGGACAUUCGGAAGGCACUGUGUGUGUGCACUUGUGCAUGCAUGAUUGAGCAUGAAAGCCACAGGACAACCUCUGCUGCCAUUCCUUGGGCACCGUGCACCUUGUGCUUUGAGACAGGUUCCCUCUCUUGCUUAGAAUUCACUAAGUAGGCUAGACUGCCUGCAGGCAAGACCAGGAUCUUCUUCCUAACACUGACAUAAAGAGCACAUGCCAGCCUGCAUUAAAAAAAAAUAAAAAUAAAAACACAAACAAAAGAAAGCCAUGGGUCUUGGAUUAACUCAGGUGCAAGUGCCACCAACAAGUCAACUCCCUACUUGCCUGCUGACACUUUUAUCUCACACUCUGGCCUCUAGAAUCAUGAGGGGUUUUUUAAGUUUCUGUCCCAGCAAAACAGCUCUGUGCUUGUAGUCUGGACUACAGGAAACAAAUAAAAAUUGUAAUACAAACCAAGACAUAAAACAUAGGGGGGAGGGGGAUGUUUGCCCGGAAACCGGGAAAGGGAAUAACACUUGAAAUGUAUAUAAGAAAUACUCAAGUUAAUAAAAAAAAAUAAAAUAAAACAGCAUGAUAUCACCAUCAAACAGAUCCGUAGGCCAAUGAAAAAGAAUAGAAGAGCCACAGUCAGUAGACACGGACAACUGAAAGCUUAAGCUAGAAUAGAGAAGUGUCUGACUACUGCUCUAAUAAAAUCUGGAUGAUCUGAUGCAGAAGGCUGAACUGGAUAUCUGUUUCUGAUCUGAUGGUUACACAUUUUGUAUGUGUAUCAUUAAAAUGUUACACUGUGAAAAAAAAAAAACAUAGCAUAACAGGGCAGGGACCCAGGUGGAGCUCUGUUAAACUGUGGAGUCUGAAAGGCCUCAAUGAUGGGAAACAUGCGUGUUACAGAGGUUGUGGGAAAUGGGGGUUGUGUGCCCUGAAUCUGAGAGGGCAGCAGGUGCAAAGGACAGGACCAGGGAAAGACCUCGGUGUUCUAAGUUAUCUUCAGAGCUAAACAGCCUCCAUCUUCAGGAGGUCAGCUGUGCCUACUUGGGAGUUAGGAUUCCUGGAAGAAGGGGGUGAGGAUGGUGGGCCCUCACCUGGAGUCUCUGGCUGUCUUCCCCAGUAAUUUGUAAUCAAUUCUGCCCUAACUGAAGUGUGGCUUGGCUUUUAAUUGCCUCAGCGAAACACCUUGACUAAAGAGCAAGUUGGGGAGGAAAGGGUUUACGUAGCUUACAUUUCUAUAUUGCUACUCAUUAUUGAAAUCAGGACAAGAAUGCAAGCAUGGCAGGAUCCUAGAGGCAGGAGCUUAAGCAGAAACCAUGGAGGGAUCCUGCUUAUUGGCUUGCUCCCCAUGACUUGCACAGCCUGUGUACUUAUAGAACCAAGGACCACCACAAUUGGCUGGGCCCUGCCCCAUUGAUCACUAAUUGAGAAAAUGCCUUAUAGCUGGAUCUCACGAUACUUCCUGAACUGAGGUGCCUUCCUCUCUUAUGACUCCAUAUAACAAACUGACACACAGAACCAGGCAAUACAGUGUGUGGCCUUGGGGCUUGGUCUCUGGAUGUGAGGAAGCCACACAGUCCACGCUGGGUAAAGACUUUGUUGCAUGGCUGCUUUGGGAUGGAUCAACCAUGUUCUUGUCAGUAUACCGUCACUCACGCUCUAUACACAAGCUCAGGAAGCUCUCUACUUCCCCAGCCUGAACUACGCUGGCUGGCGCUGUUUAGGGCUUUGUUCAUUUCUCACCCAGGGAGUUCAUCUAAGCAACAAAAUCAGUGAGGGUGGAGGAUGGGGUAAAAGGGUGGGGAAAGGGGGAGAAAAAAGAAGACUAAAGAAAGAGGCAGUUCUCAGAAGGGAAGCAGGACCAGAUCUGUUCGGCAGGCCCCACAGGCAAUACCAAGAUCUGGAUUUUGUCUCAGGACGGAUUCUACUGUGGAAAUGACACUGGGUUCCCUAACUGCAGAGACGGACACGAAGUACAGAGGGAUGAAAUCAGCAGCUACUGAUAGAUUCUGAACUUGCUAGUAAAUACUGAGUCCAUUUUGAUCUAGACCACGGACCCUGUUGAACGUUUAAUCCCAGAGGAACAAAGAAAGCACGCUUUCUAUGAAAUCAAACACAAGACACAUGGGGAAAUCCGCAAAGACAUCCUUUAUUCUUCUCCUCCCAUUUACAAGGUGGAAUUGCACCUGUAAUUAUUCCUCCAGAUAGUUUGGUCAAUGGCUUAGCUAUCACCUUGCCCUGUCUCCUUGGCAUAAGCUGUGCUAGAAGCAGGCUCAAAGGUUCAGGACUCAACAAAUAAUAAAUUCCACUACAUCUGGAUCCCUAGCCUCACAGCCAGGAAGGGACUGCAUUUCUAUUCACUAUUUUUUAAAAAAACAGACCCGGUUCAUUAACAUGUAAAAAAAUUUCUCAAGUAUAUUAAAGUGUUGACCAUGGUCAUACAGUUUUUCAAAUACCUGGCAUUCAUCUUUUUUCCUAAUCCUAACAUUUCUUUCUUGUUCACAUUAUCUUUUUUUUUUUUGAUUGCUUCUUAGUAUUAAAAACAAAGCAAAACAAAACCCCAAAGAUGUGGGUUUACUGUGCACAUUAGCAGGCCCAUAAGGAAAACACACAAAAGUUUAUAUACCAUUUAUGAUAACAGCUCCAAAUAUAAAGAGUUAGAAAUACCAUGCCUAUUCCAAGGUUGGCUGACCUAGGAAAAUACAAUAUUGACUCCUCCAAGCCUUACCUUCACCACCAUUUAACAGUGGCAACUAAAAAAACCCAAAAUUUAAUAGUUCAAACACAUAGUGAUUAUUCUGUGCAGUGUCCCACCC